AUGACUGUUGGAGUAUUUUCAGAGUGGCGCAAGUUCUCCAUAAGUCUCAGUGAACUAUGUAUCAACACGACCUUACGCUGUGGCCAAUCGUUUCGAUGGCAACGUGUGCCUGAUACUGAUGAAUGGCGAUGCGUACUCCACGGCCGACUUUUAUCUUUGAGGCAAGACCCGGAGUAUCUCUACUACAGAACACACCGUUCGCCCAGUCUGCUAUCGAAAUCUCCUUCCACAUCCUCCCCGUCGCAUGUAGACUCAAGCAGCAUUCCCGGGAGCACGAACCAACACACCGUUCAAGAAAGAUCGUCAGGAACUGAUCAGGAUGAUGAGUCGCUGAAAAUCCUCAAACAUUACCUGAACCUAUCUUCGAAUCUCACGGAUCUCUACACUCAAUGGUCCUCGCAAGAUCCCAACUUCAAGAAAAAAGCGCCUCAAUUCACCGGGAUCCGAAUACUUCGCCAAGAUGCCUGGGAAGCUCUUGUAUCAUUCAUCUGCAGCAGCAACAACAAUAUAUCGCGCAUCUCGCAGAUGGUGGAAAAGCUCUGUGUCAAUUAUGGACCGCUCGUUGCAACGGUCGGCGAGCGCGCGUACCAUGAUUUCCCCACUCCCGAGGCGUUGACCGGCGACGAUGUUGAGAGCCGUCUCCGUAGCCUAGGGUUCGGAUACCGGGCCAAAUACAUAUAUCAAACAGCACUGAUAGUGGCAAAGGAACGGGGACAGGGCUGGCUAGACUCGUUACGAAAUCCAGAAUGCCCUGCGUUCGGCAUCGAGCCUGUGCCUGGUGGUGAAAUGCAGCCUGAGGGUAGGCAGGGGUACCGGUAUGCGCAUGAGCAAUUGUUAGAACUGCAGGGCGUUGGACCGAAGGUCGCUGAUUGUGUCUGCCUGAUGGGCCUGGGUUGGGGUGAGGCGGUGCCGGUCGAUACGCAUGUCUGGCAGAUUGCGCAAAGAGAUUACAAGUUCGGCAGGGGCGCCCAUAAAUCGCUAACGAAAGCUACCUACGACGCCGUUGGUAACCACUUUCGCAAGCUCUGGGGCCAGGAGGCUGGCUGGGCCCAUAGUGUGCUCUUCACGGCGGAUUUGAGGAGCUUCUCGGAUAGAUUGGCGGUCUCGACUAAAAAGGUGGAUGUAAAAGUCGCCGUGAAGGAGGAGGAUGACGACAAAAAUUCUGUGGCGGUAAUGGCGGAGGUCGCAACUUCGACGGCGACUGCCGUGAAAAGGCCCGCAAGUGAGGUUGGAGUGAAAUCUGAGAAGAUUGAGGAGACUAAGGAAAGUUUGAAGGCCAUCAUCGAAGCUUCACAAACCACGACUACGAGAAGGAUGUCGAAGCGGCUUCGGAACCGUUGA